AUGAAGGACAUAACUAGCAAAUUUUAUGAGUUGAUCAAGUUUGAAGGGCAUGAUUUUUGUAGAUGGCAGAAGAAGAUGCAUUUCCUCCUCACAACUCUGAAAGUGGUGUAUGUUCUAAGUAUACCUAUUCCUGAAUUCGUUGAAGAUGAACCCUUGGAGGAAACAAGAAGGAUAUUGAAGUGGGAAAAUUAUGGUUACAUCUAUCAUGACCACAUUCUCAAUGGUAUCUUUGACUCUUUAUUUUAUGUUUAUCCAAAUGUCGAAUCUGCAAAUGAACUAUGGGAUUCACUGGAAUCCAAGUACAUGGUUGAAGAUGCUUCUGGUAAGAAGUUUAUGGUCAGUAAUUUCAUGGUUUACAAGAUGGUUGAUACCAAGCCCUUAAUGGAACAAUUCCAAGAAAUGUUAAGGAUUUUGAGACAGUUUGUUCAACAUAAUCUGAAAAUAGAUGAAGCCAUUUAUGUGGUUGUAAUCAUUGACAAACUGUCUCCUUCCUGGAAAGAGUUUAAACAUACUUUGAAACAUAACAAGGAAGAGUUAAUUUUGGUUCAACUUAGAUGUCAUUUAAGUAUGGAAGACACUUUAAGGACUCAAGAACUUGAUAAUAAUCCUAAAGGAAAAAACCAACUUGGUUCUAUUAUGUGA